CUUGUAAAACAGGAUGAAUAAGUAAUGUAAACAUAUCAGUAAUUACCAGGAAGCUCUACAUUUGUUUUAAAAUCACACUAAGAUUGUUAAAACUGGCCUCGGGUUAUUGAGAGAUCUGAUUUAGGAUUUGCCCUCGUAGCAAGGUUGUUUUAUCAUGUGGUUUCAUUCGGGGCUCUAUUUAAAAAUAACACUGUCUUUGGCAGGAGAAAGGCCAGACUCGGAGGAACCAGAGCCAGGGACGUCCAAACUAGCAAGACGACACCACUGCUCCCACUGUGGAAAGAGUUGUAACCGGUUAUGGGACCUGAAACAACAUGAGAGAAUACACACAGGAGAGAAUUCUUUCCACUGCUCCCAGUGUGGAAAGAGUUUCAACCGGAAAGCAAACCUGAAAGCUCAUGAGAGAAUACACACAGGAGAGAAGCCUUACCACUGCUCCCAAUGUGGAAAGUGUUUCAACCAGUCGGGGGAGCUGAAACGGCAUGAGAGAAUACACACAGGGGAGAAGCCUUUCCACUGCUACCAGUGUGGAAAGGGUUUCAACCAGAGAGGACACCUGAAACAACAUGAGAGAAUACACACAGGAGAGAAGCCUUACCACUGCUCCCAAUGUGGAAAGUGUUUCAACCAGUCGUGGGAGCUGAAACAACAUGAGAGAAUACACACAGGGGAGAAGCCUUACCACUGCUCCCAAUGUGGAAAGUGUUUUAACCAGAGAGGACACCUGAAACAACAUGAGAGAAUACACACAGGAGAGAAGCCUUACCACUGCUCCCAAUGUGGAAAGUGUUUCAACCAGUCGGGGGAGCUGAAACUACAUGAGAGAAUACACACAGGGGAGAAGCCUUACCACUGCUCCCAGUGUGGAAAGAGUUUCAACCAGAGAGUAAACCUGAAACAACAUGAGAGAAUACACACAGGAGAGAAGCCUUACCACUGCUCCCAAUGUGGAAAGUGUUUCGUCCGUUCGGGGGAGCUGAAACAACACGAGAGAAUACACACAGGAGAGAAGCCUUACCACUCCUCCCAGGGUGCAAAGCUUUUGCCCAUUUAGGAAGCCUGAACGAACACAUUAGACUGCACACAGAGGAGAAGGCUUAGAAAAGCUCAGACUGUGGGAAAACAUAUUACUCAUAACAGUCAUUAGAGAAUCCACACAGGAGAGAGAAAUUACUUCUCUUAGCGUGUAUGUUGAUAUUUCACAUCACAUUGACUUAAAAUUCAUCAGAGAACAUACACAGUGCUCCCGUUGUCUUAUAUUGUUGACUGACAAUGUGUUUACCUGUCUUUACCAGAUGAAAUUAAAUGGUACAGGGUAUACUCAAACAUAUAUUUGUUUGUUUUUAUUAGAAAACAUGAAUUGAAUAUGGAGUCUGUCAGUUUGAAUAUAAAGAAGAUCAGGUUCCUUCUUUUAAACGGUCCUUUUUUAAAACUCUCUGUGUGUUUAUCUGGGGGUGUCAUUCCUCCAGCACUACAGAUAAUCAAGUGAUAUUUGGAUGUGAUGCAUUAGUUCCAUUGUUGACAUCUCCAUUGUAGCCCACUGAUGAUUUAAUGAAAUGAAAAUGUUCAGACUCUGUAAUGGAAAAUGUUAAUUGUUUGUGUGUCCACAUAACUGAGUAUGUGACUAACCUUGUGAAACUGUCCUAUUAUAAUCUCCUGUUCUUGGGAGGAUCAUUCUGUGUUGCAAACCAGCUGCACCUGCAUCCUUGUAUGAAUAAAGUCCCUCCCAGGAACAGGAAACUAUAAAGAUAUGUGCUAAUCACUCAAUGCUUCAGUAAUUCAGACUGUCUCCACUGCGCUGUGUAACUCUGUUAUUCUCUCUGAGCUCAGAAAUAAAGAAUCUUGGUUUGA